AUGUCCUCUCUUCAUUUCUAUAAGUUAUCGACAGGGAACCAAACAAAGAUGGCUACUGGUGCACGCUAUCUUCACUUUUUGCUUGCCUUUGUUUUGCUCUCGAUCUUGCAGUGUAGUUUCGCUGAUGAAUCGUCGGGUAUCUUAGAUGAGUGCAAGGAAAGCUGUGAGCGGAGCUACCCGUUACAUACAUACCCAAAGGAAGAACCUUCGCUUGCUUGUAAGCAAGGUUGCCGGCUAUCUGCUAUAGCACAAUUGAAGGCUGGAUACUCAACCUCCGAAAAUUUUACAGCAGUCUGUGUAUCAGGUAAGCUUGUAGUCCGUUAUAUAAGCCAUGCUUUCAGUUUGGCUAGAUCUUAUUCUUCACUGAAAGAUACCAACUUAUUAACUCUGCACACAGCAAGAGUCAAAGUUUAUGCAAAGUACAUAAAUUUAUUUCAGGAGAGAAUGCCAGAUCAAUGGAGUUUCAGGACUUACAUGGUGUAUGUUUACCCAGUUUUGGACGUCAGCAAGUAUUGCCGUGGGUUCAUGAACAGAGUUGGAUAUUACUACAGGAUGUCAUCGUCCUAUUAUUACAGCUAUGGAGAUAGCAAUGGUGUCAGCAUAAUUGAAAUCAAUGAACCACCACGAGAGUUUAUCACAGUACAAAAGUUUGAUGAAAUAGAUGUUAUUGAGAAUGACGAUCCACAAGUAGCCAGAUACAGUGAUGACAGUGAUGAUUCAUACUCUAGCAUUGUUGUUAAUAGAGGACACCAGUGGCUUCAAUGUGUUUCACAGCGUUCAGGCCUUCCAUUCUGGUUGUUAUCGUCUACCCUUUUCCUGUCCAUUUUCUUCUUGAUAUGGUUAUGUUGCGCUACAGCGACUACUACUCCAAGAGAAAAGGGCAAGGCAUCUGUUGUCGGUGAGCUUAUGUUGUUAGAUGAUGAUAGUCUGUUGGAGAAAAUGCCGCUGGUUACAACUGAUGAGAAUGAGGAAGCAGGCCCACUUCCUGUCAAACUACACAUUGAUGCAACAGUGCUGUAAUGGAAAUUUGAUCUGCAAGUCAUAUGGCUGUGAUCCAUGAAGUGGGAAAUAGUUACUUAGUUUAUGUCUGAAUGGGACUUCAGCUUCCUUACUCACUCCAUGUUGGUGCAGGCCUAUACAGAUUAAGCAUGGCUACCACAUAAAUUUAAUGAUGUUGUUUACUUGCCUCAAAGAAAAAGUUUCAUAGAAUUAGUUAAACCUUAUUCUUUUUACUCCUCUUCAGUCACAGCAUAUAAAUUAUAGUUCAUCUUAUCCUCUCUGGUACAAAAUAAUCUUUGUUUGUAAAAGGAAUUACCUAUAAUGAUGAAUCACAAUAGUGGUUUACUUCGAGAGGGACUUGUAAAAGACUGUUUUUUUCCGGUUUGUUUGUUUUUCCUUUUCUUUUUGCACACAGCUGAUGCUCAUAUGCUGUAACUGGAACACUUCUUAAAGGGUUUACUAACUACAAGUAUGAAUGAUAAAAAUUUCUGAAGCUAAUUAGAAUUUUGGACAAGAAGAUUGUUGGAAGAUUAAUGCUAUCAAUGUUUCGAAAGUAGUGACUGAGUAGUUAUGGAAUGAAUCCUCUUUUAUGCCUUGUAACUUAUUUCUGUAAAUAGAAUCAACAACACAGCUUAACUAUUGCAUAGUAGGGAGAGAUGUUUAAGUAAAUAUUUUAACUGCACAGUUUUCGACUUAAAUCACUGUAUUUUGACCUAAAAGACAUGCUCAGGAUUAUUCAGGAUUAUUAGAGGUUAGUGUUAGAAAGUUCCUCUCUUGCAAAAUGUCACUUCCAACAUAUAAUCUCAUAAUAUGAAAGUUAAGGCGUGAAGAUACCCAACUUCUCAUGAAUAAUAAUGUGUACUCUGUUGAUCUAGAUUGUCAUUACUCUGAAUGAAGAUGUUUUUUUUUCCUCUCUCUUUCUUUAAUUUUCCCCUUUAUUUUAAUUUGGUUAUGUAAUUUAUUAAUAAAGUUUGCAUUUAGGAGGGUAAGAGAGGGUUUUAUAAAUAAUGAGCUUAAUUUGCAUGAGUUGAACUUUUGGAAUGUAAAACAAUUAAAGAGGUUCAAAACCAAACAAAAAAAAAAACAACAUUGCUUAGUACGUAGAUUAUUGUAAAAAUCUUGCAUAACUCUACAUGAAUUUUGAUGGUUCUGACCCAUUAUUUAUCAGAGAAUAAACACGCAGGUAGAUGGUACAUCAAAA